CCUCCUCGCCGGAAACUGGCCGCGGCCAUUGCCCGGGGGGAAGAAAUCACGAAAGACGGCAGUAAGCGCAUAUAGGGAGGCGGGGACACGGUAAUGCUUUCCUGCGCCGUUGCUUUCGCUCUCAAAAAUGCAGGGAAAACCCAAGGUCUACGUCCUGGACCCAUAUCACGCUGAUGCUAUAGCACUCUUGCAGUCAUUCGGAGACAUACAUGUCGUUCUUCCGACCGACCCGCGGAAAUCGGACUGGUACAGCGAUGCCGAUGGACUUCUGUUACGUUCCGAGACACGUCUCGGCGAAGCCGACUUCAAAGAAGCGAGAAAGCUGCGCGUCAUCGUAAAGCAGGGCGCAGGCGUCGACAACAUCGAUCUUGAGGCGGCGAAGGCCGCUGGAGUCGCUGUCCACAAUACUCCGGCGUUGAAUAGCGAGGCCGUUGCAGAGCUGUGCCUCGCGCUUACUUUGAGUCUGAGUCGCCGAGUCUGCGAGAUCGAUCGGAGGAUAAGGAGAGGAGAGAAAGUCGUUCGCAGCCAGACAUUAGGGCUCAGCCUGUUCCAAAAGACCAUCGGCAUCAUCGGGAUGGGGAACAUUGGACGGGAGUCAGCUCGGAAGUGGAAACGAGCGUUUGACGCCAAGAUUAUCGGAUACGAUCCUGUCGUGCUCGAAGAUGCCUGGGCUGAUAUCGAACACACGCGGGUCAAGAACGUCGACCAGUUGCUGCGGGAAGCCGACGUGGUGUCGCUGCAUGUACCAUUACUCCCGACGACGAGAGGGAUGAUCGGGACUAGAGAGCUGGGCCUCAUGAAGAAGCAGGCGAUCUUGAUCAAUGCGGCGCGCGGUGGGUUGGUGGAUGAGAAAGCAUUGCUCGUGGUGCUGAAGCAAGGUCGGAUAUGGGGAGCUGUGCUGGACGCGAUGGAAGUGGAGCCACCGACCAAAGAAUCAUGUGGGGAAUUUCUUGAAUUGGACAAUGUCAUCGUUACGCCGCACAUCGGAGCAUCAACGAUAGAAAACCAGAGCAACAGUGGCAGCGCGGCGGUGAGAAUAUUGAGGGGAGUACUGAGAGGGGACGCUGGGGUAGUUGGAAAGCUGGUGUAGAGAGCAUAGAAUUGUCAAACCAAUGAACGGCCGUGAUGCAUUGGGGCGUCGGCCGGUUUCCGCGGCCAACCGCCGUGCAGCAAGAUCUGAAGACCU